AUGAAGUUUUCCACAUUCCUUGCUGUAAGCUCGGCAUCCCUUGCCCUUGCAGUACCUGCAUCCCCUAUCCAGAAGCGCGCAGACUUCUGUGAUCAAUGGGGCUCUCAAGUUAAUGGCGCCUACACCACCUACAACAACCUCUGGGGCAAGGCUGAUGCUACUUCCGGAUCCCAGUGCACUGGAGUUGAUGGCCUCAGCGGCAAUACGCUCAAAUGGCAUACCUCGUGGUCAUGGGCUGGCGGUCAAGGAAAGGUCAAAUCCUUUGCCAAUGUAGUAACAAAGAUCAACAAGAAGUCCCUUGCAUCAAUCAAAUCCCUCCCUUCAGUCUGGAAGUGGACCUACACCGGCAACAACAUCAUCGCAGACGUAGCCUACGACCUCUUCACCUCGAGCACAGCCACCGGCAGCGAGGAAUACGAAGUCAUGAUCUGGCUUGCUGCCCUUGGCGGCGCCGGUCCCAUCUCCGCUACUGGCAGCCCUAUCGCUACCGUCACUCUUGCAGGCAACAGCUGGAAGCUGUACAAUGGCAAGAACGGCCAGAUGAGCGUGUUCAGCUUCGUCGCUGAGAAGCAAGUUCAGAACUUCAGUGGAGACCUCAUGGACUUUAUCAAGUACCUUACUUCCAAGCAAGGCCUUCCCAGCAGUCAGAUUCUGAUUAGCGCGGGUGCUGGUACUGAGCCUUUCUCUGGCAGCAACGCCAAACUUGUUACCAGCGCGUACAGCUUGGCCGAAAAUUAG